CCAGAAAGGAGACACUAAAGCACAAGAGAAAGUCUUUUCCUGGUUGUUGGCAUGCAUUCUGGAGCUAGGAUAUAUAAUAAAUGUUAAGUUCAACAGCAGCCAUCCUUCAGAAUGAAUGUGAAUUGCAGAUUGAUUUCCUGGAGCUGUAAACCAGAGUUGAUUGCAAACCAGACGAUGCUGAUUAACACUCAUUUUGGUGUCUGGAAUGUGGGUGCAAAGAAGGAGAUGUAUGAAAACUAUAUGUAAUUCAAAGGAAGCACUGUAGAUACUUUGUAACCGUAGAAUUGUCCUGCUGUUAUCUUUGAUCUUUAGCAUGUAAAAAUGUCAUAUAAUAUUGGGUCGGGAGGCCUCUUUGUCCAAGAGGGUCUCAAUAUGUUGCCUACUGCUCGUCUUUGUUGAAUAAAACACUUCUGUAUUCACUAGAUUUGGUGUCUUUCUGGUGACUGGUUCACAUUACAACAUUCCCGGAGAACGCACAUCUUUAGGCAGGUUGCUCUCUUUACAUUUUCAGUUCAACAACCACCUAUGCACUUUGUACUAUCCCAACUCAGAUCCCUCCUUACUCAGGCCAGUAACUUCAUGGAUAAUACCAGACAUAUUAAAGACAAAACACAGACUGCUGUAGGAUUAGGCAAUAUCUGUGGUGGCAGAGAGAGAUAAUCGAGGCUUCGGGUCAAGACCCUGCUUUGGGAUCUAUCUCUGACUCCACAGAUGCUGUCUGACCCACUAACUUUUUCCAGCAGCCCUAUCCUGCUCCAGAUUCCAGAAUCUGCCAUCUUUUCUCUCAAUAUUAAGGACAGAGUAGGGAUUUCCAUAUAAAAUCCUGUCCACAAAAUUAUCUAUACACACACUAACAAGUGCAUGCUAGCAUAGUGAGGAAGCAUCUAAUUGGAAAAGCUGAAACCACGUAAGUAGUGAUUCACAUAAGAGUUUAAAGUCAAGAAUCUCUAGACUUCUUAGGCACUAGACCACCAAAGACCAGCUAACGAGGUGUAGUGGUCCUUCCAUCAUCCUAAAGCUGGUGUAACUAACCAGUUGGGUUGUAACCCUAUCUCACUCCCAUCAGAUUCCAACAAUCCAAACUACCCCUAUUACUCAGGAUUCACUGGACACACUGGAUUAGAAUGACUGCACAGACUACAGGGACACAAGUUCUUGUAAAAUUUGACAGGAAUUGGAUUCAUCUUUUCAGGAGUUUCGGAAAGUAUAAACACCAGUUGCAGAAAACAAGAUCAGUGUUUAUGCAUCACAAAACAUUAAUCUAAGAUUGCUUUAACCAGUUUACAAAUCAUUAAUUGAAAAAUGAGUCAAAGUUCUUCCAGGGACUGCAAUGUAUCCACAUCAACACUAUUCUUGCUACUAUCACUGGGCAGGAGGUACAGGAGCAUUAAGUCCCACACCACCACAGUUACUACUCUGCAACCAGCAGGCUCGUGAACCAGUGUGGAUAACUUCAUUCACCUCAAUACGGAACUGACUCCGCAACCCAUCGACUCACUUUCAAGGGCUCUAUAACUCAGUAUUCCUUAUUUACUAUACUUUAUUGUUUGCAUAAGAAAAUGUUUGAGCGCACAGUGCCUCUUGGUGCAAGAUGCAGUGAAAAGUCAGCAGCUUUCCGUCCAGCGACUUCUGCAGUAAAGCCACAAAUCCCUUGUGCGCUCCUGUCAUACUUGGUUCCCCAUCAGUAGCUACUGACACCAGCCUUCCACAUCAGCCACAGCAGAUGACGAACCUCAACCUUCAACAUUGAGGCAGACAUAGAAGGUGACCUGCCUGCCCUGAUGGAAACAGACAACGAUGAGAUGACACCCCAGUCUCCCACCACCCAACUUCCGACGACUCAGCCUAACACACCAUCACCAGUGUGCUCACUGUCUUCCCGAUUCCGAUGGUGUGGCCUCCACAGAGCCCUGAUCUCAACGUCAUUGAAACUGUCUGGGAUUACCUGGAGACAGAAUCAAGCAAGACUGCCAAAGUUUGCAAAAGAACUGUAGCAAGUUCUCCAAUCUAUCAGCCGGUUUUCUUGUAAAACUGCAUGACGGUGUACGUAAGGCAGCCACAAAACAAAGAAACCCGAUAGAGUCUACUAUAAAAGACCACCCAACACCCAAUGUGCAGAAAAUAAUCAAACCGCGCAAACAAUAAAAGUAAGCCAAUGACAUUCAGAACUGAAGUUCACAGAAGUGAAACCACAGCCACGAAGCCAGUCACAGCCGACCGCAACUUCAUAUUGUACACUGCAAUCCCUACAGCAAUGUACUGCAGCCGCAAAACACCAGACUUCACGACGUAUCCCAGGGAUGAUUCUGAAUAUGACCUCGACAGCUUUUCCUGUGGAGAGAAAUUCUACAGAUUCGCCACACUCCGGCCGAAGCAGUUCCAGCUCAUCUCAGCUCCAGUCAGAAACCCCCUUCUCCCAAGGCUGUCUAUUCACCCCAUCCUUGCUCCGACACCACUCUCACUAAUUUACAAGCAGGUACCGCAGCGUGCUGAGUGGAUAUCAUGGCUCAGACCCUGCAAAUGGAGAUUCCGAACUUUGGAAAUAACAUUCUGGAAUGUCUGAAUGAGCAGCGGCUGCAGGGCUUGUACUGUGAUGUUUCCAUUGUUGUCAAGGGACAGGCGUUCAAGGCACACCGGGCAGUCCUGGCAGCGAGCAGUUCCUACUUCCGGGACCUGUUCAGCUCAAAUAACUGCUCGAGCUUUGAGCUGCCCACAGCCGUCCAGCAGCAGUCCUUCCAGCAGAUCCUGUCUUUCUGCUACACCGGCAGGCUCAGCAUGAACAUGGGCGACCAGUUCCUCCUGAUGUACACAGCCGGCUUCCUCCAGAUCCAGCAGAUUAUGGACAAGGAGACGGAGUUCUGCCUGAAGGUCAGCUCGCCGCAGUGUGAUUCGCAGGGGCUCCAGGCAGAGGAGACAGCAUCUGAGCCUCCGAGCCCUGCCCAGCCCCCCCGAUCGCUGGCUGCCACCCCACUGUCGCUUGUGUCGCGUGUCAAGACAGAGCAUGCUGAGUCGGACUCCGUGCAGUUCACCCCCAUUGGCAAGCGGCUGUGGGACAAUGGCCCAAGAGAAGGGAAUGGCAGCGUGGGACCCAAGCUCCCACGGGUCUCGCACGGAGGACCAGCAGGGAGGCAACAGAGCUGUGGAGGAAGUGGGCCAGGUAGCACAGACCGCACCAGCCCGGGCACCUCCAGUGCUUACACCAGUGACAGUCCUAAUUCCUACCAGAAUGAAGAGGAUGAGGAGGAAGAGGGCAGUGAAGACAUGGCAGAGGAGCACUACAGGCAGAUUUGUAACAUGUACACAAUGUACAGCAUGAUGAAUGUAGGACAGCCAGCAACUGAGCGGGUUGAAGCUCUGCCCGAUCACUUGACCACAGAUGCCCGCUCAAGGGUCAGGAUGAGGAGAGAUCUGGCAGCAUUACCAGCUGAAUUGAUCACCCAAAUUGGAAACCGAUGCCACCCCAAGCUUUAUGCAGAGGGUGAUCCCACUGAGAAGCUUGAACUUGUAACAGGAACCAGUGUCUUUAUCACUCGAGCCCAGUUAAUGAAUUGUCAUGUCUGUGCAGGAACCCGCCACAAAGUCCUACUCCGAAGGCUGCUCGCAUCCUUCUUUGACCGGAACACACUGGCAAACAGCUGUGGUACCGGAAUCCGCUCCUCCACGAAUGAUCCGAGCAGGAAGCCUUUGGACAGUCGGGUUCUCAAUGCAGUCAAAAUCUACUGCCAGAAUUUUGCCCCCAACUUCAAGGAGAGCGAGAUGAAUGCCAUUGCCGCGGACAUGUGUACCAAUGCUCGGCGUGUGGUCCGCAAGAGCUGGAUUCCCAAGCUGAAGCUGCUGAUGGUGGAAGGGGACGCCUACCACUCCUUUAUCUCGGACACUACCGGGCUCAAUCUGGAACCGGAUGUACUGAAUGCAGAGCAGGGUUUUGAGGCUGCCAGCCAUGAGGGUGAGGCGGGAUCUUCUUUGGAGUCAGCCCAAUGACGAGUGUUGUGGAAGGAGGUGUCAGAAUCCAGGGUUCAACCUAGAAUGGCGCGUGAAAUGCAGAAUGGCAAACAAGCUGGCUUCUUAACACACCCAAGUAGCGCAAAGACAACAAGAACCUAUUUAUUCUGCAUCAGUGAGUCUUAAAGAUAUG